UGUAAUACCUAUACGAGUCCUCUUCUGAAUACCAUUUAAUGUAUCUCUGCUGGGAGUAAUAAGAUAAUGAUCGGUUAUGUCAACUCUAAUGGCGUUUAUUGACGGAUUAAUUUUGUUGAACAUUUACUGCUGAAAAUUAUUGUAAUGUUUUAGAAAGCGGUCCAUCGUUUAAAAGGCGACCAGGAUUAAAUAAAAUGUAUGAUUUAAUGUACAACAUCACUACACUGGCCUACAUCACAGAGACUCCAGGUGAUUCCAACUUAACAGAAUCAGACCAGCCUCCGCCCCCAGCCGUUUUUAUCAUCAGCAUUGUGUGGAGUCUCAUAAUUCUAACAGGUGUAAUAGGCAAUGGUUUAGUUAUUUACAUCCUAUUUAGAUAUGGAGAGCGGUCUGUUACAAAUGUUUACGUCACAAAUCUUGCCUUUGCUGACUUGAUGUUUAUCAUAAUUGUUGUUCCAGUCACUCUGAUUCAUGUCGUGAUCCCCACAUGGAUUCUAGGGAGUAUCAUCUGUAAAUUUUCUACAUAUAUGAUUUAUGUGACUUUACACGCUACAUGUUUAACAUUGUCCGCCAUGACGAUAGAUAGAUAUCAUGCAAUAGUUAACCCUAUACAGUCAAUGAACUGGAGGUCAACACGCGCUUCAUCCUUUGUUUGUCUAGGAGUUUGGACAGCGUCACUCUGCAUAUCGUUACCAUUCCUAUUAUAUUAUGAUGUUGUACCUGGAAAUCAGUCCGAGGUAUUGGAUUGUAGACCUCAAUGGCCUUCCAUGGAGGAGGAGUGGAAUAAAGGUACAACAUUAGGAGUGGUACUAACAACUUUUAUCCUCCCACUCACAGCUAUCGUUAUAUGUUAUGGAUAUAUACUCCAUCAUCUAUGGAAAGGACAAAAAAUGAAACGUUCUGACGGACAAGACAAUGAAAACACUGUCUUGCCGGUAAAAAACAGUAAACAGCAUAGACAGAUGGAAAGAAUAAAGCGAGUUACCCGGAUGGUUGCCAUUGUUGUGUUGCUUUUUGCUGUAUGCUGGUGCCCAAUUCAUUUUGUUGCGUUGUGGUUCCAGUUUGACCCUAACUUUCCGAAAACAGACGCAAUGCAUUAUUUUAAACUGUUCGGACACACAUUAUCUUAUGCUAAUUCUUGCGUUAAUCCUUUCGUAUAUGCCUUUGUUAAUGAUGGAUUCAAAAAGGCUAUAAUGAAACGUUCUCCACUUCUUAGUAAACUGUGUAAAUGUGUUCUGAGACCAAGGCAAAAGAAAGAGGAGACACCAAUGAUUGACAAAGCUGUAGAAGCGAGACCUGGUCUUGAUGGGCAAUCUGAAUACAUGACAACGCAAACAACAGUUACUCUUUAAUUAUAUAUAGCUUAAAACAAAGCAGUUCCAAUUCGUACUAUAAAAACAGAUAAACUUUUUUUUGGAACAGCAUUUCACCAGCAAAAAAAGCCUAUUAAUAACAACGUUUACUAAUUGAAAUUUCAAUGUGAAGUCGUUCAUCGCUUAGACCGACAGCAAAACACAAAGAAAACGAAUUAAUUAUACGUUUAUUGUCCAUAUUUUGGUGGGUUUUUUUUUUUCGUUAAAGCAACAGCAACGCCAGACUGUCUCACUUUUUCAGUAUAAUUAGUUUUAUAUUUCUAUCAAUUUGUGAAUUGUGAUUUGUUUUACUGCUAUCACGCAGCAUAUAAGAAUUCUUUUGAAUAAGUGCACUAUGAAAGAAACAGCAUUAAAUAAUUGGACGUGAGCAUUAGACGUGUCUGUCGUAUAGUGGCCUUAUUUUUUCGAAAGUUAUGAUUGAUCGUUAUAAGCAAAGUACUACAAUUAUAUUGUUCUUUUUAGGAACUAUUGAGAAGAUGUCAUUAUUUAGACAUAAAUAUUUUAAUGUUUUGUAACUGACUAUACCAUAUCUGUCAUGGUAAUAUACAUGAGUAGUUUCAUUAACAAUAUAAAGUACUGAUGUACAUUUGACAGAUGUUUCCUUUUGGAUAAGAAAUUAACAAUAUUUUAAGGAACUGCAAUAAUUUCUAUCCUUCAUCUUGACCAUCACGCCUGGGUGUACAACAAUAAUAGAAAAUCCUUACAUUCAGACAGUCCAUUUAAUCUCUACGGAAAUGAAAUCAAGAUAAAAAAGAAUAAGUUGUCACAUGUAUUCCAAGUAGAGCAAUACCCGGUGAGUCGCGGGCUAUGCAUGUCAAUGCAUUCCAUAUCGCCACUGAAAAAGAAUUGAAACAUUUCAUCAAAACAUUCCAUACCAAUUGUGAAUAAAAUCUUCAUACCUUACAUUAAACAAUUGAUAUCGUCACUUCGUUUCUAUAAUAAUAAAACUGCUCAAAACCUUUCUAUAAUUCAGUUCAUAUCAACUCUGAAGAAGAUACUCAACCCUUUUUUAAAGUUUAUAACAGUUCGUAUCGGCUCUGAAGAAGGUCUUGUCUUACACCCUUUCUUUUAAGUUUAAGACAGAUUAUAUCAGCUCUGAAGAAUGUUCUAAAUUCUUUCUUUUAAGUUUAAGUCAGAUCAUAUUGGUUCUGAAGAAGGUCCUAAACCCUUUCUUGUAGGUUUAAGACAGUUUAUAUCAGCUCUGAAGAAGGUCUUUAACCCUUUCUUUUAAGUUUAAGACCGUUCAUAUCGUCUCGGGAAAAAAUCCUCAAAGUUAACAAUAAGACUCUCCUUAAUGUUUCUAAAUAAAGUCUGCAAACUUUCUUUGAAGACAUUCCAUAACGUGUCUAAAAAGUUAUCACCUUGCACCAAGACCAUCUAAAGCGUCUUUCGGGUAGCAAUUAACAGUUAUUGCAUUUCAACGCUUGAUAAUUUUCAAAAAUGAAAACAUUGUGCAACAUAACUUUUGAGCGUUUGGGAAUAAUAAAAUCUUCAAAAUGAGUUCAUAUGAACAUAAUAAAGUAUGUUAGAAUUGUACUAUAAAUCAUGCCGAUGUUUCACAUUUUGUCACCCAAGCCUUUUAUAUCGUACUAUACGGUUUGGGUUUUGCUUAUUGUUGAAGGCCGUACAAUGACCUUUAAUCAUUCACACCUUUGUCUUUUGGUGUGUAUGAAGAGAUUUCUCCUUGGUAAUCAUAACCUAUCUCGCCUUCUUUUCAUAAUCAUGGUUUGACUUAUAUGUUAUUAUGGACUAUUCUCUUCUUUAUAGUCAAGGUAUCUGUGGAAAUAUUUUCAUCGAGUAUACUCCGGACCGACACGUAUCUGUAGAAAUAUCUUCAUCAGGUAUACUCUUGAACGACAGGCAUCUAUGGAAAUAACUUUAUCAGGUAAACUCCGGACCGACAGGUAUCUGUGGAAAUAUCUUCACCAGGCAUACUCCGGACCGACACGUAUCUGUAGAAACAUCUUAAUCAGGUAUAGUCUGGACCGACAGGCAUCUGUGGACAAAACUUUAUCAGGUACACUCCGGACCGACAAGUAUCUGUGGAAAUUUCUUUAUCAGGUAUACUCCGGACUGACACAUAUCUGUAGAAAUAUCUUCAUCAGGUACACUCCGGACCGACAGGUAUCUGUGAAAUAUAUGCAUCAGGUGCACUCCGGACCUGAUAGGUAUAUGUGGAAAUAAGUUCAUCGGUUGCACUCCGGACCAACAGGUAUCUGUUGAAAUAUAUUCAUCAGGUAUACUCUGGACCGACAGAUAUAUGUGGAAAUAACUUCAUCAGGUAUACUCCGGACCGACACGUAUCUGUAGAAAUAUCUUCAUCAGUGAUUUAUAUCGCCUGAGUUAUCUCCUGUUAAUCCCGAGUAACAAUUACAUUAUACUGGAGUGUCCUGAUAUCAACACUAAUUACCGUUUUGAUCUUUGAUUUUCUUCACAGUGUAUAUGGGAUCAUACACCCUCUCAAGGUAACCAAUUAAUUUGCAGGAUUAGCCGGAAUAUUUCACUUCAGUAUACCAUAAUUGUGUAAUAGUACAAAUGCAAUGUAAUUAAUUGUGAAUAAGAUGAGCAGAUGUUUUAGUGUGUCUUUAAUUCAGUUUUGAUGAUAAAUAGAAGAUAAAGUUAAUACAUCAAGUAAUGCUUUAAUGAGAUUGAACGUUUUCAAAUGAGAACUGAAUGACUGAACCAAAUGAAGUUGUAUUUUUUAAAUGGUACUCUGAGAGCAUCGCCAUUAUUGUUUUGAAAUAUGACACAAUACUUCGUUUUUUCCUUGUUAUUCUUUGAACUUAGUUUUCAACAAUGUAAGAAUAGUGUUGAUUUUUUUUAAGAAUGACCGUGACUUGAAUAUUUAAAGAUAUAUUAGUAGUAUCAUAAUGUACUUAUGAAUUAAUAAAUGCUUUUGAUAUUGUAUAGUGAUGUUUCAUCCGAAAAUAUUGUUAUUAACUACUGGCAACAUUUAUGUGCGAAAAAAGAGUACAACAAAAGUACCGAUUUCCAAGAUAAAUUCAAAAGGGGAAGUCUAUAAAAUUGACAAAAUCAAACGUUAUCGACCAACGAAAACAACUGUCAUAUUCCUGAAUUGGUACAGGCAUUUUCAGAAGAAAAUGGUGGAUUAAACCUGGCUUUGUAUUUAGCUAAACCUCCCACUUUUAUGACAGUUGUUUAUAGUUCCGUUAUAUUAAUCAAAUUGAGCAAUCUAAACAGACAUAAUAGGUUAAUGUGACAAUAAUUGGGAUCCAGCAGCCAAAACUGUGUAAACAUACAUCACAGACAUAUAACACAUUUGACUAAAACAUUCACACAAACAUACAAAUAAAUUGGAAAAAGACGCCAACAAAAAAGGUGUUGUAGUUGAUAGUAAAUUUUCCAAAACACCGGUAAAAAGUUUUUGUAGUUGAUACAUAUCAUAGUUAAACAGAAUGACCAGCGAAGAUACAAAUAUCUUGUCGUAGGAAAGAACAAAUCAUAAAAACACCACUCUAAUACGAAAAAAAAUAAAAAACAAAAAAAAAAACAAAAAAAAAAUAA